AUGCCAUGGGUUACCACCGCUGCUCGUAAAGGAUUUCAAGGAUCUCGUUUACCACUUGGAGCCUAUCGACAUAAAACUGUACCCACAGCAGAUGUGGUAAAGGUUGCUGAACCUCUUACCACUAGUAAAGUAAUAGUAUCUGCCGUUUGGGAAGAUGUCUCUUCAUGGGAGGAGAGUCAACAGACAUGUAGUGAGUCUUCUACGUCUGCUAAUAAUAAUGCUGUUGUUGUGAUGUCUUCAGAAGAGAAUAUUUCAUGCAGUGAUGAUCUUCACAUUCGCAUGGAACGUCUUCGUCGUCUUAAUCCCUUCCAUCAUGUCUUUUCUAAACCUCAGAAAGUGAACGGAGGAGUUGUUUCUAUGCGAGAAAAUAACAUAACAUCUACUACUACUACUACUACUACUACUACUACUACUAUUAAUACUACAGAGAAUUCUAUUCGUAAUGAAGGUAUUGGUACCGUUAUGCCUGUAGAAUGUACUUUCACAGAUCUAAAUAAGUGGACACGUACAGUAGAGAAUGACGGUGAAGAUGUACUUUGCGUAGAUACCGUGGCAGACACAACAGAAGUGAAUUUAGAACCAGCGGCAAUACAUGUGAGAGAACAUACGCCUACUGGUGAGAGAUCACUCUGUUGUUUACAUUCAUGGAGAGUUCAGCACCUUGCACCAGCAGAGUGGUCCCAACUAAUGGAGCUAGUGGAUGAAGAGGCGAUAGAAUUGUAG